AUGGCCUCAAAUCAUGGCGGGAUCGUGCGGUUUGUUUAUCUUCAAAGAAUUAUGGACCGAAUCCUGCAUCGCGACGUGGAAAAACGAGCUGGGGCAGCCGAGCCGCAACUGUUCGACGAUGAAACAGGCGCGGUCCCUGCGUCCAGCUUCGAACGGGGCAAUUCACUUUACGCGAAAAUCCAACGAUUGGGAGGCAAGAUCAAGGUGGAGCAAAGAGGCAUUGAGCGUGUCCCGGAGGAUGAACGCACAGAUAGCUCAUACUGGAACAUUGGCUCAAUGUGGCUCGCGGCCAACAUGGUAGUACCCUCCUUUACGAUCGGAGUGUUGGGCGUACCCUUGUUCAACCUGGGCUUUGUCGAUUCAGCCUUGGUCAUCAUCUUCUUUAAUUUUAUCUCGGUUCUGACUGUAUGUUUCUUCUCCACAUUUGGAUCUGCCUUUGGGCUGCGGCAGAUGGUGUUGUCCCGAUUCUGGUUCGGUUGGUGGGGUGUCAAGUUAAUCGCUUUGUUCAAUGUACUCGCCUGUAUUGGAUGGGCAGCAGCCAAUAUUAUCGUCGGGGCUCAGCUUAUCAACGCCGUGAACCCAGACGUUCCAGGGUUCGCAGGGAUUCUGAUCAUCGCCUUCUGCACCCUCAUCAUUGUGUUUUUCGGGUACAGGGUCGUUCAUGCAUACGAGUAUUGGAGCUGGAUUCCAACAUGUAUUGUCUUCCUGGUUGUCCUCGGAGUUUUUGCCCACUCUGGUGAUUUUGUGAACAUCUCAAUGGGGACGGGUAAGGCUGAACUUGGAGCUGUGCUGUCCUACGGCUCUACAGUUUUCGGAUUCGGCACAGGCUACACGAGCUAUGCGGCUGAUUAUACGGUGUAUCAGCCCAGCAACCGCCCGCGACGCAACGUCUUUCUGGCAACCUGGCUAGGCAUCUUCCCAACCCUGCUUUUCACGGAGCUUCUUGGAGCUGCUUUGGUGACAGCGACGACUCUGAAUGGCGGAGAUAAUGCUUACCAAGCUGGAUAUCAAGACAACGGCGUCGGAGGCUUGCUCGGCGCUCUUCUAUUUCCUCGAGUGGGUGGAUUUGGGAAAUUCUGCGUUGUCAUUUUGGCACUGUCCAUUAUAGCGAACAACUGCCCCAAUAUCUACUCCGUCUCGCUCACGCUGAUGGUGAUGGGCCGAUGGACUCGCCACGUUCCUCGCUUUGUCUGGACGGUAGUAGCCACAGCAGUCUACAUCGCGAUUGCCAUCCCCGGCUACAGUCAUUUCGAAGCGGUGCUGGAAAAUUUCAUGCACUUUAUCGGAUAUUGGCUCGCGAUUUACGAAGGCAUCGCUCUAACUGAACAUUUCGUUUUUCGGCGUGGUUUCUCUGGCUACCAGCCCGAAGACUAUGACAAUCGUGACAACCUUCCACUCGGGAUAGCUGCCCUUCUUGCAUUUUGCUGUGGAGUGGUAGGUAUGGUGACUGGAAUGAGUCAGUCGUGGUAUGUCGGACCGAUUGCCAAAUCAGCAGGAGUAUCUCCGACCGGAGGGGACGUUGGAUUCGAGCUCGGGUUUGCCUUUGCCGCCGUUUCAUAUGCAAUGUUGAGAACUCUUGAGUUGGGCUUUUUCAAGAGGUAG